GGUCAACCGUGCCCAAGCCGCGGCUCGGCGGAAAGGGGAAGUGGUGCGAUUGAUUCCCCUGCGCAUGCCCCGGCUCCUCACAUCCCAACUCGAUCCCGAUCGCCUUCCUCCGCCCCGUUCCUCCGCCUUCCCUUUCCGCUUCUCCUUUCCGGCGGUCAUAUCGGCGGUGGUUCUCUGCGGCCCAGGUUUCCGGUUCUCAAUCCCAUCGGAAACUCAUUGGCAGGUUAUGAAUUUAAAAAUGGAAGACUUGUGAUGGGGCACAGAAGUACUUAUUCUUUCUGCAUGUUUCGAUUGGGGGUUUCAAGGGGGUCUAUGACUCACAAAUUGGAUUAUCAAGCAUGAACAUUGUCAAGGGCGUUGCUGAUCUUAUUAGGAGAUCAUCUGGUGGCCAAACCGGGGAGGGUGGCUCGUGGGUUCAUGCAGACAAGUUCUCCGCGCCCUCUCCAAGGUUCCGUUUCGGGGAUAUUGGUGAGGAGGCAGUCUUGAGUACAUUUUGGCAGAGAUACGAGAAUGCCAUUGAUAAGACAGAAAAAAAGAAUCUUUUACAAGUUUUUCUCCUGCACUUUAUACAAACAUACAAAAAUUGGGAGCCUGUGCUUGGUGGCCAGUUACCCGCUGAGCGAGCGUCAGGAUCCGAGGAGAUAAUUCUGGGAUGCUCUGCUGGGCAUCCUUCUGAGGUUAUUCUUAUUCUAAUCCAAGAGAUUGCCCGGAUAUCUUCUCUUGUGGCUGAGUUGAACAAUAGUGCUGCACAAGCUAAUGCUGACCUUUCAGAGCCAUCAACAAGCUUAACUUUCAGCACGGAAGCUCUGUAUGUUUUAAACUGCCUAACAAUUGUAACUCGUUCAAUACACAAUUGCAAAGUAUUUAGCUAUUACGGAGGGGUGCAGAAGAUCAUUGCGCUUUUGAAAGCUGCAGUUGUACAGCUCAAGACUUUGACCAGUGCACUUGCUGUAGAUGAACAGUUAUCAAGUUCUAGUGUAGAGAAGACCAGGACAUUGCAAAACUUACUAGUAUAUAUUGUUUCAGUAGUUUUUAUUUUUGUGGAAUUGCAUUCAAGUGCAACCAUGAAGAAUCAGGUGGUAGAUAUUGUUAAAUAUUUACCUUCAAAGGAUAAUCUACUUGGGGUUCGUUCAAGUAAUCCAAAGAGCCUGAUCUCUGAGAAAAAGCUUGAUUGGAAGCAAAAGGCGAUUGUGUUAGUGAUGGAAGCAGGUGGAGUCAAUUGGUUAGUAGAGCUUUUGCGAGUCAUUAGACGACUGAACCUUAAGGAGCAAUGGACUGAUCUGUCACUCCAUUAUUUAGCUCUGGGAACUCUAAGAUCAGCUCUGUCCGAAAAUCCGCGAGCACAAAAUCAUUUCAGAAGCAUUGGAGGACUCGAAGUUCUGUUGGAUGGACUUGGACUUCCAUCAAGCAAAUGUUCAGUUUCAAGGCAAACCAUUCUUUCUGGAGAUGAAAGAAGUGGAAUUUUCCAGCUCCAAAUUCUUUCAUUGGAAGUCUUAAGGGAGUCUACCUUUGGCAACUUGAACAAUAUACAGUUUCUAUGCGAAAAUGGACGCAUACAUAAAUUUGCAAACAGCAUAUGCUGGCCUGCUUUUAUGCUUCAGGAGUUUAAUCGACGAACGAUGAGUUCAUCUGUGCAUGAAUCUCAAGUGGUCAAUUUGAACUCUACCAAAAACAGCGAUGAAAGGAUAUUUUCAGCAGAGACUCCCGCUCAAGAUGAAAUGUACUAUCUUAACAUAACAGAAUGGAAAGCAUAUUGUAUCAAAUUGAGCAGAGCACUUUGUUCUUUCCUCCUUGCUCUGGAAGAUAUCAACUUUCAUCACAGUCAGGCGUCUGUUGGUCAGAGUUCCCUACCUGCCUCGCUGGCAUAUUGGGAACUUUCUAUGAGAUGGGUCGUGAAGGUUCUUCUUACAGUUUUUCCAUGCAUUAAGGCCUGUGCUACUGAAAGCCAAUUACCUAAGCAUAUAAGGAUUUUAGCCAAUACUUUGCAACAUUACAUCCUUUGUGCAUUUAGAAAGGUUCUUGUUUCUGCGCCAGUUCUACUUGAAACCUUCCGGGAGGAGCGAAUUUGGGACUUAAUUUUUUCAGAGAAAUUCUUCUAUUUUAGGCCAUCUUUAGAAGAAGUCGAUGAGGAGAUUCAUGCACAUAGUGACAGUGUUCUGGUCAACUCUGAACUACCUUCUACCGCUGAGAGCUCCAAGGAUCAAGCAAAACCGAUCAAAGUAGACAUUCUUCAAGUGGAAGCCAUUUCCUUCUUGGAGUUUGUUGCAACUCUAAGCGGAAAUACAAAUAACUUGCCAGAAUGCUCUGUGUUAUUGGAGACACUUGAACAGUCUGCUUGUAAUCCUGAAAUAGCCAUUAUUCUUUUAAAGAGCCUCCAUCGGAUUCUACAACUUGCGGUUGAGCAAAGUCUUGCUUCUUUCAAGCCACUGAAUGCAAUUGCUCGAGUGCUCAAGGUUGCAUGCAUUCAAGCUCAAGAGCUCAGAAAGUUUACUUAUUUAAGCCCUCUUGCUGAAGAUGAAUUUAAUGAAGGGAGCAAAUUCAAAAGAGAUGGGACAGCUUCUUCAGUUGAGACAGCUGAGGAUUGGAUCAUAUGCAUGGAGUCCUCCUUCGAGGUUUUCACAGAAUAUCUUCGUAUAGCUGAGAAUGGGAAAAGUUUGGUUUUGCAUAAUUCCGAGUGCACUGAUUGUUUGUUUGAUUUAUUUUGGGACAAGAAUCUUCGAAAGCCUGUGUUGGAGCAAAUUCUUGGAUUAUUUAAGUUGCCUCCAUCAUCUGCAGAAGAUCACACAGCAAAGUUGCAGCUUUGCUCCAAAUUUCUGGAAACCUUCGCUCAUGCAAAGGAAAGGGAAAAGUGUUUUGUGGAAUUGUCAAUUGAUCUAUUGAUUAGCAUGAGAGAGAUUAUUUUGAUUGAUAAAGCGUACUUUCAGAGUUUGUUUCGUAGUGGCGAGUGCUUUUUGCACAUUGUCUCUUUGUUAAAUGGGACUCUUGAUGAGAGAAGGGGGGAGCAGUUAGUCCUUAAUGUUCUUCAGACAUUAACAUUGUUGUUGACUGGAAAUGAUGAUUCGAAGGUUGCCUUUAGAGCACUUGUUGGUGUGGGAUAUCAAACGUUACAGAGUUUGCUCUUGGACUUCUGCAAGUGGCAAUCAAGUGAUGGACUUCUGACUGCACUUCUUGACAUGCUUGUGGAUGGGAGGUUUGACAUGAAAGAGAGAACUGUUAUAAAGAAUGAAGAUGUGAUUAUACUUUUUCUCAAUGUUUUGCAAAAGAGCAGCACCUCACUGCAGCAUUAUGGACUUGAUGUCUUCCAUAGUUUGCUAAAAGAUUCCAUCGUGAAUCGAACUUCAUGUUUCAGAGCAGGAAUCCUUAGUUUCCUUCUAGAUUGGUUUUCUGUAGAAGAAAGAGAGGACAUAAUUUCAAAAAUUGCUCAGUUAAUCCAGAUCAUUGGUGGGCAUAGUAUAUCAGGGAAGGAUAUACGCAAAAUAUUUGCUCUUCUUCGCAGCGAAAGGAUUGGAUCUGCACCAAAGUGCUCGCUACUUUUGACAAGUGUUCAGUAUAUGCUCAAGGAAAAAGGACCUGAGGCAUUUUUCGAGUUCAAUGGCCACAAAUCUGGAAUUGUGAUCAAAACUCCAUUGCAAUGGCCAUAUAAUAAAGGAUUCUCUUUUUCAUGUUGGCUAAGGAUAGAGGACUUUCCUGAGAGUGGCAUAAUGGGGCUUUUUUCUUUUCUUACUGAUAAUGGAAAGGGAUGCUUGGCAAUGCUUGGGAAUGGCAUGCUGAUUUUUGAGUCCAUUAACCAGAAAAGGCAAUCUAUUCUACUACCUCUAAAUCUUCUUCCCAAGAAGUGGCAUUUCCUUUGUAUCAUUCAUAGCAUAGGAAGAGCAUUCUCUGGGGGGAGCUUACUCCGGUGUUAUGUUGAUGGUGAUCUCAUAUCCUCUGAAAAAUGCAGGUAUGCAAAAGUUAGUGAGGUUAUGACACGCUGUACCAUAGGAAUGGAACUUAGACCUACUGAUGAAGAGCUCCACUCAUUCAAAUUUGGAAAAAUGUUUCCCUUUUCUGGUCAAAUCGGUCCAAUCUACAUGUUUGGUGAUGCCCUUUCUUCUGAGCAAGUAAGGGGUAUAUAUUGCCUUGGUCCAAGUUACAUGUAUUCAUUCCUUGGUGACGAAAUCAUCCUUGCUUCUGACAAUUCGAUCUAUAAUGGAGUUCUAGAUGCAAAAGAUGGCCUUUCAGCAAAGAUCAUUUUUGGCUUGAAUGCACAGGCUAGCGAUGGUAGGUCUUUAUUCAAUGUGUCCUUAAUGCUGGAGAAUUCUUCUGAGAACUUAUUUGAAGCUGUAAUUAUGGAUGGGACGAAGUUAUGCUCUCGUCGCUUAUUGCAAGAGAUUAUAUACUGUGUUGGUGGUGUGUGUGUGUUUUUCCCAUUUUUGAUACAGUUUGAUAGGUCUGUAACAGAUAAUGGGCAGUUUGACUAUUCAUUGAUCAGAUCUUUUACGAGUGAUAAACGUGCAGCUGAAGUUAUUGAGCUUGUUGCAUCUGUUUUAGAUGGGAAUGUCCCAAAUCAACAACAGAUGCUUCUUCUUUCGGGAUUUUCUAUCCUAGGCUUCUUAUUUCAAUCUGUUCCACCGCAGCAAUUGAAUAUGGAAACACUUUCAGCCUUAAAGAAUAUGUUUGAUGUCUUGAGAAAUUGUGGCAUGUCUGAAAUGCUACUAAAAGAUGCCAUGUUAAGAAUGUACUUGAAUCCUCAUAUUUGGGUCUAUGCAAAUUAUGAAGUGCAAAGGGAUCUUUACAUGUUCCUAAUUCAAUAUUUUGAGAAUAAUAGAACCUUGUUACCAACAUUAUGUGGGCUGCCUCGGAUUGUAGAUAUGAUAUGCCAGUUCUACUGGGAUAAAGCAGAUUCUCGGACUGCUGUUGGGGCCAAGCCUCUUUUGCAUCCAGUAACUAAGCAAGUAAUUGGAAUGAGACCAGGCAUUGAAGAAGUUCAUAAGAUACGUCUUCUUCUAUUAAGUCUUGCAGAAAUGAGUUUGAGGCAAAAAAUUUCACCACCUGAUAUAAAGGCUCUUAUUGCCUUUUUCGAGAGAAGUCAGGAUAUGGUAUGCAUUGAGGAUGUGUUGCACAUGGUUAUUCGUGCUCUUUCUGAGAAGCCUCUGCUAGCUUCUUUUCUUGAUCAAGUAAAUCUGCUUGGCGGUUGCCACAUUUUUAUAAAUCUCCUUCAGAGGGAUCUGGAGACAAUCAGGCUGCUAGGAUUGCAGUUUCUUGGGAAACUCUUGGUGGGACUUCCAUCUGAGAAGAAAGGAACAAAGUUUUUCAGCCUCUCCGUCGGACGGUCUAAAUCUCUCUCUGAAAGUCAAAAGAAAGGAGGUACCAUGAGGCUACAACCAAUUUUCUCUGCAAUAUCUGAAAGAAUUUUCAAAUUUCCAUUGUCAGAUCAUCUACGUGCCAUGCUAUUUGAUGUUCUUCUUGGGGGUGCUAGUCCUAAACAGGUCUUACAGAAACAUAGUCAUUCAGAAAUGCUAAAGAAUAAGAAAAAUAGCUCCACAGGCUUCUCUUCUCAUUUUUUCCUUCCUCAGAUUUUAGUUUGCAUCUUCAAAUAUUUGGCAAUUUGCAAGGAUACUUCAACUCGGGCUAAAAUUUUAAGGGAUCUUCUUGAUCUGCUUGACUCAAAUCCUUCAAAUAUUGAAGCCCUGAUGGAACAUGGUUGGGCUUCCUGGUUAGAAACAUCUGUGAGGCUUGAUGUCUUUAAAAACUACAAUAUGGUGUCCAAAGUCCAAGCUGAUAGUUCAAUGAUUAAUGAAUUAGUUCUUGUGAGAAACUUAUACUGUGUUGUUCUUUCUCACUAUUUAUAUUCUGUAAAAGGUGGCUGGCAUCAGUUGGAGGAGACUAAAAAUUUUCUACUGCUUAAAUUUCAACAGGGAGGACUGCCAUAUUCACGUUUGCUUCGGGAUAUUUUUGAAGAUACUAUUGGAUGUCUGAUUGAAGUAUCUUCUGAAGAAAACAUAUUAAUUUCACAACCAUGUCGUGAUAAUACACUAUAUCUUCUGAAACUAGUUGACGAGCUUCUUAUCAAUGAAAGUAGCACUAAACUUCUGUUUCCUGGCGUUGGAAUCUCUUUGGGCUUUUCUUCUGACGGCCUACAAACAGAGUGUCAAAAAGAUAUCAGUUCUGCCGUAACUGAGAUAUUAAAUCUUGUGCAUGAUGAUCAACUUCCAAGAAUUCCAUCGACUCAACUGUCUGCUACUGAGGAAUUUGAUGAGAUGGUAAAUGAGUGGUGGAAUUUAUAUGAUAAAACAUGGAUUCUUAUUAGUGAAAUGUAUGGGAAAGGGCCAAGUAAGAUGUUACCCAAAGGUUCAGCUGUGGGAGGCCCAUCUUUUGGACAAAGAGCACUUGGGUUAGUAGAGUCCUUAAACAUUCCUGCUGCUGAAAUGGCUGCUGUAGUUGUAUCCGGAGGAAUUGGCAAUGCGUUGGGUGGAAAGGCAAACAAAUAUGUUGACAAAGCUAUGCUGUUAAGAGGAGAGAGGUGCCCAAGAAUUCUUUUCCAUCUUGUAAUCUUGUACCUUUGUAAAGCUAGUCUGGAAAGUGCAUCAAGAUGUGUUCAACAGUUUAUUUCACUGCUGCCAUGUCUUCUUUCAUCUGAUGAUGAUCAAAGCAGGAACAAGCUGCAGUUUUUUAUUUGGAGUUUACUCGCACUGAGAUCACAGUAUGGAAUGUUGGAUGAUGGAGCUCGUUUUCAUGUUAUAUCACACCUGAUUCUUGAAACUGUCAGCUUUGGGAAGUCUAUGCUUGCCACUAGUAUUAUGGGUCGGGAUGAUUCAGUAGAAGUUAGCAGCAACACGAAGGAAGCUGGAUUCAUUUAUAAUCUAAUUCAAAGAGACCGAGUUCUUGCAUCGGCAGUUGAUGAGGCAAAAUACCUGAAGUCUAUUAAGGAUGACCAUAUAAAGCAGUUGCAGGAGUUUCAUGUUAAACUUGAUGAGCAUUCUCUUACAGAGAUGAACCAAUGGAAGACCUUGGAGGAUGAAAUUCAGUCUAACAUGAAUGCAAUCCUUUCUUCAGAUGAUACCAGAAAAGCUGUUUUUCGGCUUGCUUAUGAUGAAGACCAGCAAAUUAUUGCUGAUAAAUGGAUACAUAUGUUCCGUGCUUUGAUUGAUGAAAGAGGUCCAUGGUCUGCCAAUCCUUUUCCAAAUAAUAUUGUGACACACUGGAAACUUGAUAAGACAGAGGAUACCUGGCGACGCAGACUCAAACUCAAGCGUAAUUAUAAAUUUGAUGAACAACUUUGUCAUUCUUCAACAACUAAGUUAUCCACUGAGACCAGCCAACCUGUAAGCGAAUGCCCUACCGGCAGUGGGGCUAAUAUUCCUGAGAAAAUGAAGCACUUUCUUUUAAAGGGGGUGCGAGGAAUUGCUGAAGAAAGGAAUUCAGAGCCAAGCGAGCAUGCCAGUGACUUAACUACACCAAUUGACUCCAGCCUAAAUAAUUCUUUAGAUAAUCAGCGUUCAGAUUAUCUGAAAGAUUGCACUGACCAAGUGGAUAAUAUUCAGGAUAAAAGGGAAUUUUCCCCUGGUACCACAGAUAAUGAUUCGACCGAGGUUCAUCUGCAAGUUCCUUGUGUGCUUGUAACACCAAAGAGAAAAAUGGCAGGGCAUUUAGCAAUCAUGCAAAGUGUACUGCAUUUUUUUGGUGAGUUUUUAGUUGAAGGUACAGGUGGAUCAUCUGUUUUCAAUAAGUUUCAAGAUCUCCGAAACUCAGAUUCAAGCAAAUAUGACCAAAUGGGAGGAAACCAAAAGGAGAAGCUGCAAAAAGGGUCAAUAAGUCUUGAUGCAGAUCAUGGAAAAGGGAAUGCAGUUGAUAUCAUGGACUCAGAUGCUUCAAAAUAUAAUCAGCCCAAUAAAAUCAAACGCCACCGAAGAUGGAAUGUUUCCAAGAUAAAAGCAGUUCAUUUGACUCGAUACUUGUUACAAUAUACUGCAAUCGAGGUCUUUUUUAAUGAUUCAACUGCUCCUAUUUUUUUGAACUUUGCUUCCCAAAAGGUUGCGAAACAAGUUGGAACAUUGGUAGUCUCUUUCAGGAAUGAAUCCUUAUUCCCGAAAGGAAGCUCCAGAGAUAGAAAUGGAAUUAUUUCUUUCAUUGAUAGACGUGUAGCAGUUGAGAUGGCUGAAAAUGUUAGGGAAAGUUGGAGAAGAAGGGAAAUUAGCAACUUUGAAUAUGUAAUGAUUCUCAAUACUCUUGCUGGCAGAUCUUAUAACGAUUUGACUCAAUAUCCUGUUUUUCCCUGGGUGUUGGCUGAUUAUUCAUCAGAAAUACUUGAUUUUAACAAGUCAACUACUUUUAGGGACCUUUCAAAACCAGUUGGUGCACUAGAUUUGAAACGAUUUCAGGUUUUUGAAGAUAGAUAUCGUAACUUUUGUGAUCCUGAUAUUCCUAGCUUUUACUAUGGAUCUCAUUAUUCCAGCAUGGGUAUUGUGCUUUAUUACCUGCUUAGGCUAGAACCUUUUACCACUCUCCACCGUAGCUUGCAGGGUGGUAAAUUUGAUCAUGCGGACCGUCUUUUCCAAAGCAUUGAGGCCACUUAUCGUAACUGCUUGUCCAAUACAAGUGAUGUGAAGGAACUCAUACCUGAAUUCUUUUAUAUGCCUGAUUUUCUUAUCAAUUCAAAUUCUUAUCACCUUGGCGUUAAGCAAGAUGGUGAACCCUUAGGUGAUGUUGCUCUCCCACCAUGGGCAAAGGGUUCUCCUGAAGAAUUCAUACAUAGGAAUCGAGAAGCCCUAGAGAGUGAAUAUGUGAGUUCUAAUCUCCAUCACUGGAUUGAUUUGGUGUUUGGUUACAAGCAACGUGGAAAGCCUGCUGUGGAGGCAGCAAAUAUAUUUUAUUAUUUAACAUAUGAAGGUGCUGUUGACUUGGAGAACAUGGAUGAUAUAUUGCAAAAAUCUGCAAUUGAAGACCAGAUUGCAAAUUUUGGCCAGACACCGGUCCAAAUUUUUCGUAAAAAACAUCCAAGAAGAGGGCCUCCAAUUCCUAUUGCUCAUCCCUUAUACUUUGCCCCUGCAUCAAUAACAUUGACUUCCAUUACUCCUAUUGCAACCAAUCCCCCAUCUGCUAUACUUUUUAUUGGUUUGGUGGACUCAAAUAUUGUCAUGGUGAACCAAGGGUUAGUCUUGUCAAUAAAAUUGUGGUUGACAACACAGUUGCAGUCCGGUGGAAACUUCACAUUUUCUGGAUCCCAGGAACCAUUUUUUGGAAUUGGUUCUGAUGUUCUUCCUCCUCGGAAAAUUUGUACUCCCUUGGCUGAAAAUAUUGAAUUUGGAAGACGGUGCCUGGCAACAAUGCAAAAUCCUAAUGAAAACUAUUUGAUCUCAUGUGGCAAUUGGGAUAAUAGCUUCCAAGUAAUAUCCCUAAAUGAUGGAAGGAUUGUGCAACGCAUCCGACAGCACAAAGAUGUUGUCAGUUGUCUUGCAGUGUCAUCUGAUGGAAAUAUCCUUGCUACUGGAAGUUAUGAUACGACAGUCAUGGUAUGGCGAACAUGUAAGGGUAGAUCCAUAGAGAGGAGAUCCCGAAAUAUUCAAACUGAGUUGCCCCGAAAAGAUUAUGUCGUCAUUGAAAGCCCCUUCCAUAUCCUUUGUGGUCAUGAUGACAUCAUCACAUGCUUAUUUGUUAGUACAGAACUUGAUAUAGUUAUCAGCGGGUCAAAAGAUGGUACUUGUAUUUUCCACACCUUGCGUGAAGGAACAUAUGUACGGUCCAUCCAGCAUCCAGCUGGUUGUGCAUUAUCAAAGUUAGUCGCAUCGCAACAUGGAAGACUAGUCAUCUAUGCUGAUAAUGACCUGAGUUUGCAUUUGUAUUCUAUUAAUGGAAAACAUAUUGCCUCUUCUGAAUCUAAUGGUCGUCUCAGCUGCAUUGAACUUAGUAGUUGUGGAGAUUUUCUUGUGUGCGCUGGUGAUCAUGGACAAAUAAUUUUGCGAUCCAUGCAUUCACUUGAUGUUAUGAGAAAGUAUGAAGGAGUUGGGAAGAUAAUAACAUCUCUAGUGGUGACUCCUGAAGAAUGUUUCUUAGCUGGGACCAAAGAUGGAAGUCUUCUUGUAUAUUCUAUAGAAAAUCCUCUGCUCCGUAAAGGUAGCCUUUCACGGAAUGUUAAGUCAAAAACAUCUACAACAGGUUAGUUAAUGAAAUUGUAGCUACGGUGUUCACCAGCAGUGCUUGCCGGAGGUGCGAUCAAAGAUACAGGAUAUAUUCCUACAACGAAAAGAACAACCAUGAUCGUGAUGUUGUGGUGUCAAUAGCUCUGCAGACCUCUAAGAUUCCGAUCCUUAAAUAGUGUUGGCGGAGCUUGUACAGGUUUGUCUGUAUCUUAAUGAGAAUGAAUUGACUGCCCGAUGGAAAUGAAGUGACAGUUAUGUGUGCGCGUUGAGUCUUACAUUCUUUCACUGUAAAAUAUGACGUGGACUUGAUUAUCAUGUCAUCAAUUAUAGAUAGAAAUACCUAUAGUUCAAUUCAAAUCCUCUCUCAUUGUACCCUUGCAUCCUGGGGUGGUGCAUAUGGGAAUAAGUGUUGUAUUACAAGAAUCUACAGUGUUUUAUUUCUGCAUUGAAUUUAUUUGUAUACACAGUUGUGGGGCUUUUGAGCACGUUGUAAAUGUUUGAGCGACAGUUUCUUCUAAAGAGGGCUAUUCAGCAUCCGAAUUUGAGCCGGUGGUAGGUUGAAAUAAAUCUUUCGAGGGAUAAUCUUAGGCAUCAUAUUUUCCUUACCGUAUGCAGGUUUUAUAUUUGUUACUGUAAGAACCCGUCACAUCUUUUAUUUUUUUAAAUUUGGCCUCUGAUCAUUUAGGUCAUGUAUUCCAGGUUAUGCUUGUAUAUCAAGAAUAUUUCAAAGCUUA